UGAGCGCAUAUUAUUCGUCUAGGCGAAAGAAAAGAAAGGCGCGGACUAACGUGCGCUCGUGUGUUUGUUUUAGUUAUUAUUUGGUUGUAUUAAGUCAUCUGUUGUGCUUCAUUGGCUGCCAAUAGCGCGUUUAACUGUUUCCCUCGUGCUAUCAUUGUUUUCGUUUAUGAGGUUUCGCAUAAUUACUGGAAACACCAUUUAUGUAUGAUUUAGUGAUUCACUAAUUCGAACAGCGUAGUGUCGAACAGCAGUGUAGUGCUACUAACAUCGAACAGAACGAGCAUGAAAUCGGUGUUGAGUGGCGUAGAAUCGAAUGCUAGGUCUGAAAAGAAGUGAUUAGUUAUUCGAACAAGUAUGUUUGGACUCCAGAGCACGUGCAUAGUUCUCGAUUCUAUCGCAGACAGUAGUUCGGAUGGUGAUGAUACACAAUUCAAGAUGAUCAAUCAACAUGUUGGUGAGGGUCAAGUUCGGGGCCACCAACGUGUGCCUUCGGAUACCAAGGAAUUCCACGAGGCUACCAAACGUGAUGCGUAUAACCGCUUAAGCAAGGAUUUGGAUAAUCUGCUGCAAACGGCGGAUGAUUCCAAAAAGCCCGCGCUACAGAAAGAAAUGUGUGGUUUUGAAGCCCUGUACCAUCGGUUCUUGCAGGAGGACGGACCAUCGGUGGAGUGGGAUCGCAUUGAGCGAUUGCCGCCAGAUGCUGUUAAGGAUUAUUCUAGUCUCAGAACUCCAGAUGAAUCGGAAAUUCGUGCAAUGCUGGACAAACUGGUUGUUGUCAAGCUUAACGGUGGUCUCGGUACAUCUAUGGGGUGCCAUGGACCGAAAAGUGUUAUUCCUGUUCGUAACGAUCUAACAUUUUUGGAUUUAACCGUGCAGCAGAUCGAACAUUUGAACAAAAAAUACAGCGCCAAUGUUCCACUUGUUUUGAUGAACUCGUUUAACACUGAUGAGGAUACUGAAAAAGUUAUUCGCAAGUACAAAGGGUUCCAAGUGCAGAUUUACACGUUCAACCAGAGCUGUUACCCACGCAUUAGCAGAGACUCUUUGCUACCAGUAGCCAAAGAUUUCAAUAUAGAAACUGAUAUGGAAGCGUGGUAUCCACCCGGUCACGGUGAUUUCUAUCAAGCUUUUCAGAAUUCUGGUCUACUCAAAAAGUUCAUCGAUGAAGGACGUGACUACUGUUUUCUCUCCAAUAUUGAUAACCUUGGAGCGACGGUGGAUAUCAACAUUUUGAAUCGAUUGCUGGGAAAGGAUCAACAAGGCGGUAAGCCAAUUGAGUUCGUUAUGGAAGUGACAGACAAAACGCGCGCCGACGUUAAGGGUGGUACACUGAUCCAGUAUGAAAACAAGUUACGAUUGCUUGAAAUCGCGCAAGUUCCAAAUGAACAUGUCGAUGACUUUAAAUCUGUCAAAACUUUCAAAUUUUUUAACACUAACAAUAUCUGGGCUCGAUUAGAGUCUAUGGAGCGCGUUCUAAAAGCCGAUACCAUGAAUAUGGAAAUUAUCGUCAACAACAAAACGCUAGACAAUGGAAUGCGAGUUAUUCAGUUGGAAACCGCAGUCGGUGCAGCAAUGAAAUGCUUCGAUGGAGGAAUCGGAAUCAACGUACCACGUUCGCGCUUCUUGCCUGUCAAGAAAUCGUCUGAUUUACUGCUCGUGAUGUCUAAUUUGUACAGCCUCAAGUACGGAUCGUUAGUCAUGUCUCCGCAACGCAUGUUUCCUACCACGCCCUUGGUAAAACUAGGAGACAAUCAUUUCAGCAAAGUUAAAGAGUUUUUAGGUCGUUUUGCAAAAAUUCCCGAUCUAAUAGAGCUGGACCAUCUAACUGUUUCUGGUGACGUGACAUUUGGGCGUGGUGUGUCUUUGCGUGGCACAGUCAUUAUCAUUGCCAAUCACGGUGAUCGCAUAGAUAUUCCAGCAGGAGCAAUUCUUGAAAACAAGAUUGUCUCUGGUAAUAUGCGUAUUCUGGAUCACUAAAAAUUAUGCAGCCGAAUGUGUACAGAAGAAAACGUAUACUCAGGAAUAACGGCACAAUACAGUUUACAGAAAGAUGUUAGAAGAAUGACUAGGUCUUGUCUUUAGGAAAUUGUUCGGCCAGUGUAGCAUGUAAAACAAUCAUUUUGAUCAGGAAUCUAAUUAAUCGAAUUUAUGAUUUUCAUUUGUUUGUUGUCAUAUUCUAGUAUCAAAGAUUUAAAUGGGUUUUUAACUAGUUUUUAGGUUUUAAGCAACGACGUUUCAGUUUCGUUCUAAUAUGAACAUUCGAGUAUGUUGUAAAUGUUUGUUGAAUAAAAAUGUAGCAAAAUUACAAAAAAG